UUUUUUGGAAAUGUCGGGUGACGAGAAGGGUUCCCGUAAUUUGUGCCGUUAAUUAUCGAAAAUUUUGCAAUUUCUUGCAAAGUUUGUUAUACAUUUAAUAUCUUUUGGAUUAUAAAUCUCGCGCGUUUACCGAACAAUCGUUGUUAUGUGGCGGAACGUUAAAUAUUGCGAGUUUAUAACCUAUUUUAUUGGGCUAUCGUAAUUGCUGUAGUUCUAAUUUGUGAGGAAUUAUUCACCUCUCGAUAAAUGCGUGCGUUGUUUAUAUUUAUCUGAAGUUCAUGGUUUGCUACGUCUUGUGUACGUGUUUGGUAGCGAAAGUGGCGGGUUAAGAUGUGAAAUUAAUUUGAAAAAUGUGUUUAGUUCUGUGCGAUUCAAAUACUGUGUGUUUUUGUGGUGUUAUUUGGAUGCUCCCGUAGGAUUGCGAUGUCCCGGCUCGUGGACUACUUCGUCAUAGUGGGCUUCGACCACGAGAAAGAAAGAGGCGGACUGAGCAACGGCGUUAUCCUUCAACGAUUCCCUGAGAUUAACUGGGAGGACACACCCUUUCACGACGGUAUUGAAUGGUUCUGCCAACCGCAAGGAUGGGCGCUGUCGACGGAGCGGUCAGAGCCGCGCUUCUACGUGUCGGUGUUGACGGACGUGGACGCCAACCGCCACUACUGCGCCUGUCUCUGCUUCAACGAGACCGUCGCCAUCACGCCCACCAAACCCGCAGACGAGGACGAAGAGUCUCUAGACGGCAGUCGGCCAGUGGCCAACAUCACCCACCACAGUAUAAUGUAUGCGCCAAAGUGUCUCGUUAUCGUAUCAAGACAAGACUACAUCGAUACAUUCCGGAAUUGCCUCGGCAUAAUCUACACGGUGUGGGUUGAGAACCUCGGCGUCCCGCUGGAGACGCUGGUGGGCAACCUGCUGGGCUGCGUGCUGGUGCCGCCGGCGGGCGGGCCUCAGGUGCGCUUCAGUAUCGGCGCCGGGGACCGGCAAGCGUUGCAGCCCCCCGCCGCGCCGCCUAUGCCGGUCACACACACUGCCGUUCAUAUGCUGUUGAGGCUAUUAGGUAUACACAACUCGGUGACGCUAUGGUGCGCGGUGAUGAGCGAACACAAGGUUCUACUUGUGUCGUUGGCGGCCGCGCGACUAUCCGCCGCGUGCCGAGCCCUGGCCGCCCUCAUGUUCCCCUUCCGCUACGCCCAUGUGUACAUACCCUUAUUACCGGCGGGGUUGGCUGAAGUGUUGGCCACGCCGACGCCGUUUCUCAUCGGAGUACAUUCCAGUUUGAAAGAAGAGGUUUCCGAAUUGCUAGAUGUCAUAGUAGCAGACCUAGAUGUGGGCUCCCUCCACAUACCAGCCGGGGUAAACAUCCCCCGGCCGGAAGGGAGGCUCCUGUCCUCCUUGCAAGAAGCCCUAGCACUAGUCUUACAACCAGAACUCAAGUCCGCGGACUCGGCCUUCGCGCCGCCGCCGCCGGCCUCGUCGCCGCCUCACAUGCUCGACAAGGAGAUACGGGCGGUUUUCAUGAGGACUCUGGCGAAACUGUUACAGGGAUACAGGCACUGUUUAACGAUAAUCCGGAUACACCCUGCGCCGGUGCUAACAUUCCACAAAGCUGGGUUCCUUGGUGCGAGGGGGCUUUCCCAGUGUCCCUUCGCCGUGAGGUUACUGGACUCCAUGUUUUUUAACGGAGUCGUCGCAGAAAGAGGCCCGCCCUGGCGACCGACGGACAUAUGGGACGAAUUAGUACAAAAUCUACCUGAACAGCAGAGGUUAGAGUCACUGAAUCCAGAACUAGAGCUGCAGCAUUUACAGGAGUUGGCGAUGCAGCUACACCUCAAUGAGAAUCCCAAUCCACAGGGGGUGUCUGCGCAGGCGUACUCUCAGCGCGUGCUGCGGCCGCCGGAGGGCGCCUCGGCGCGCAUCCACCAGCCCCCGCUCCCCACCCUCGACGCGGCAAGAGUGCAUGACGUCAUCGAGGAGGUCACCGCCAGGAACGCUAAUAACCCAAAACUGUCAGCAAUACGGUUGCCAGCGCCAAGGAUCAUCCCACCGGGCGUGCCACCCACGGGGGCUGUUGAGCAUACUCAGUUGAUCCUCACCAACUCUGCCAGGCGACUUGAAGUUCUUCGGUCAUGUAUCGCCGCGAUAUUCGAGUGUCGGUACGCGGAUGCGCGCAAGUCGUUCCCGGGCGUGCUGCGUGCGAUGCGUGCGCCGUCUGCGCGCAGCGCGCUCGUACGUGACCUGGCCGCGCGCCUGCCCACCAACAAGCAUCUGCUGCAACACCACCAGUUCGAGCUGGUUGUCAGACUACUGAACUGUGCGUUGCAAUCGGCCACUGCGCUGGACGAGCACUCGAUAGCAGCGGCGAUCCUCCCGCUGGCCACGGCGUACUGUCGUAAGCUCUGCACUGGCGUCAUCCAGUACGCUUACAUGUGUAUACAGGAGCACCAAGUGUGGACGUCGCAGCAGUUCUGGGAGGCGGCCUUCUACCAGGACGUGCAGCGAGACAUCAAGGCGCUGUACAUCCCCAGCCCGACGCACCACCACCGAAUGCCUAGCCCCAGGGAGGAUGACGAAUACAUAUCAUUACUAAAGGCUCAAGAGCCCAGCGCCUUGGAGAUAGCAGCCGAACAGAUGCGGCUGUGGCCAACACUACCUCAAGAAAAGCAACGUGAAUUAAUAGCAAGUGAAGAGUCAACGCUAUACAGCCAAGCCAUACAUUACGCGAACCGUAUGGUGUACCUUUUACUACCACUAGAAGGCGCGGGGCGGAGGGCGGACGUGCGCGGGGGAGAUGACGAUCGAGCCAGCAACAGUAUUACUAACAGCGUCGCGGAAUCGGAUAGUGCGGACGCUGAAUCGGGUUUCGAAGAGGCGGACCCGGGAGAAGCGGGCAAUAAUGUUAUCAAAAUGGUCUCAAGAUUCGUUGACAAGGUAUGUACGGAAGGCGGCGUGACUGCGGAGCACGUGAGAUGCCUGCACCAGAUGAUCCCCGGAGUGGUGCAUAUGCAUCUGGAGACGCUGGAUGCUGUGGCACGAGAAAGCAGACGAUUGCCACCCGUUCAAAAGCCCAGGAUAGCGUGGCCAGCGCUGGUCAGCGGCGAGACCGGCGCUGGAACAGCGCUGCGGGCGUUGCUGCUGGCCGACGGCCGCGGCUCUGCGCUACCACAGCUUUUACCAGCCGAGGGAGCUUUAUUCCUUACAAACUACAGGCUUCUCUUCAAGGGCGUACCUUUGGAUCCCUAUGCGUGCGAAGCGACAGUGGUGCGCAGUUUUCCUCUGAGUGCGUUGACGCGCGAGAAGGGCGUGCGAGCCGCGCACGCGCAUCUCGAGCACGCGCUGCACGACGGGCUGCAGCUGCGAGCCGCCACCUUCCAGCUUAUCAAGGUAGCACUAGAUGAAGAAGUGAGCAGCGAGCAAGCGGAGGCGUUCCGCAAAGCCGUGGCCCGGCUGAGGCACCCGCCGCACCCGUUGUUACACUUUGCUCUAGCCCCUCGAGCAGCGCCUCCGGCCGACCUGGCUCAGCCCAAACAUCACACGCUCAAAGGCUUCGCCAAAAAGACGCUGCUGAAGACGGCUCGGCGCGCGGGCCUCAAGCCCAAGCCUUCCAAACGACAGAAAUACGUGCUGCCGUCUGCGGACGCCAGGUCUCUGACGUCACCACCGCUCAUGUCCUCACUGUCCGCAGAUACGUUAUCCUUGGAAGAGUUAGAACUCGGAGGCGGCUGCGGGCCGGUGGGCGGUGUAUCGGAAGGCGUGGAGACAGACUCGCGUUCGUUGGAGCGCGUCCGCGAACGCGUGUACGCGCGCGACUGGGCGCGCGUUGGACUCGCGGCGCCGCCCUUCCGCCUCGCGCACGCUAAUGCGCUCUACAGCCUAUGUCGAAGUUACCCGUCGGUAGUGGCGGUCCCGGAGAGCAUAUCGGACGAGUCGCUGCGACGAACUUCGCGGUGUUACCGACAGAGUCGAGUGCCCGUGCUCACGUGGCGACAUCCCAGAACUGGAGCGUUACUUGCCAGAUCAGCCGCGUCACAUCACAAGGGCGUCAUGGGCAUGCUGAAGUCCUCCAGCCACCAGACCCCCGGGCCUGCUCAAAGCGGUACCGAGACUACCUCGAGUUUAGAACAAGAAAGGUACCUAGCAACCCUGGUGGCGUUAACGCCUGCCUCGCGAGGUGAGCUAGAGGACUCAAGCCUCAGCCUGGACUCCCUUCUGCUGUGCUGCGAGGAACAGCCCCACAACCACACGCCUCUACUGAGCAAAGCGGCUGGCACUCUUGGGGUGCUAGGUCGCGGCAGCGGUGGCAAAGGCGGUACGAGUGCGGCGCGACAUUUUGGCCGAUGGGGAUCACUGAAGGAUCGAAGACAACCAUCCCACCUUGACCUGUAUGUACCUCGACAGCGACUAUCCACCGCGGAUCUUGACUCUGUGUCCGGCGACGGCGGCGGCAACGGCAACACAAACCGGCGCGCGGCGCUCUACGUGCUGUCGGAGAAGGGCGCGCACGUGGCGCUGGCGGGAAUCGAACCCGUGCCCGUGGAGUACCCGGACGCGCGCCACACCAAACACGCCUUCAAGAAGCUGCUGCGCGCCGCCGCACCGUCCGCGCCGCAGACCCCAGAUGAACCUGGGUUCUUUAGACUAGUGGAAGAGUCAGGCUGGCUGUGGCAACUGCGUCAGUUGUUUCAGCUGUCUGGUGCUGUGGUGGAUCUACUGGAUGUGCAGGGCUCCUCCGUACUAUUAUCACUUGAAGACGGCUGGGAUGUCACAGCACAGAUAUCCUCAUUAGCGCAAAUCUGCCUAGAUCCAUACUACAGGACGCUAGAAGGUUUCCGGAUAAUGGUGGAAAAGGAAUGGCUGGCUUUGGGACACAAGUUUCAGCAGAGAUCUAACCUGGCUGCGACGCCGCAGCAAGGGUUCACACCAACGUUUCUCAUGUUCCUUGACGCGGUACAUCAGCUCCAAAAGCAGUUCCCCCUGGCGUUUGAAUUCAACGACUACUACCUCCGAUUCGUGGCGUACCACAGUGUGUCGUGUCGGUUCCGCACGUUUCUGUUCGACAGCGAAGCGCAACGCGCGGAGUUCGGCUUGGCGCCCGCGGACGAUCGCAGAGUGGAUGCUUCGAGACUGGGAGUGGAGACUGGUGGUUCCGGGGGUGGGUCAGGCGCGGGCGGCGAGGGGGAGGACGGGCGGGCGUUUCUCGGACUGUUUGAAUACGUGGAGCGGUUGCACCAGCGGUCGCCGCUCUUCUACAACCUGCUGUAUACGCCUGACUUAGAUAACCCGGUCCUGCGUCCAGUGAGCGCGGUGAGCAGUCUGGAAAUUUGGGAGUACUAUGUGAGCGAGGAGCUGGCGCACGGCGUGCCCUUCGAACCGGACCUGUGGCUCGACGAGCGCAACCAGCCUACGCAGCGGCGGCUCGUCGUGGCGGGGUACGAUAGCAUAUCGCGAUGUAUGCCGGACGCGUUCACCGGCUUACUGGAGAGGUUAAGACAACUAGAGUUGGAACUAGGACAUUUGCCCCAGAAGUGGAGGGUGCGAUGGGACCAACUGGAACUGCCCAACACUUUGGAGCUACAGCGCAAUGCAUCGAUGUGCAGCGGCGUAGUGCGUCGCGCGACUGCGGCGGCGCACAGACGCGGCACGCUGGAAGUAUUGGCGCGCGCGCGCCUCGCCGCCGCGCCGCCGCCGCCUGCGCCCGCGCAUAGAUGGGCUCCCGCGCCCGCCGCCGCGCCUGCGCGGUGCGACCACUGCGCAGACCUGCUGUGGGGACCACUAGAAACGGGUGUGCGCUGCGUGGACUGCGGCGCGGCGUGCCACGAGCGCUGCGCGGACGCGCUGGCUCUGCCGUGCACGCGGUACAAGGCGCCGCCGCCCGCCGACCGCGACAGAGAUAGAGCUGUGUCGUCAGGAGUAGCAACGCUUCAAUCGUCUUCCCAACAAUACUACGAGCAGUUUUCGUCCAACGUGGCCGAAAACCGCACGCACGAGGGCCACCUGUACAAACGUGGGGCGUUGCUCAAAGGCUGGAAACAAAGAUGGUUCGUGCUUGACUCUAUAAAGCAUCAGCUGCGAUACUACGACGCUAUGGAAGACUCGCAUUGUAAAGGAUUUAUUGAUUUAGCGGAGGUACUGACGGUGUCUCAGGCGACGCCCGCGCCCGGCCCGCCGAAGAAGUGCGACGACCGAUCCUUCUUUGAUUUACGAACGAGCAGACGGACGUACAAUUUCUGUGCGAGCGACGCAAACGCAGCUCAAGAAUGGAUCGAGAAGCUACAAGCUUGCUUACAGUGAACAGAUACGACACGACAUACGACGCGACUUAUCGUGUCGUGCGAUAUAAACUAGACUCAAUCGAUAUUAAUACCUAGUUAUUGUAAUUGGAGGUGUAAUUAAAGGAAAUAUGUCACAAGCUUUACGUAUUAUGUAUUUAUGUUUUUAUUUGUCAAUUUUAAACGAAAGUUAAUAUAAAUAAAGAAAUUAAAAUUUUAUUUGUUUGAAUUUGUUUCGAUUCGAGAGAAUAUUUAAAAGUCCUGACUUUUUUUUUUAAAAUGGACGUGUUACAUGAUAUUAUUAUAUAUCUUGACAUAUCAGAGCGAGGACAAAAAGGGAUAUGAAAUAAACAGGUUAAAGUUUUUAAGAAAACUCCCGAUAUAAAAUAUAGUAGAAAGUAUAUUACAAGAAUCUUUAACAAUGAUCUUUUAUGACCAAAAAUCAAACCAUUU